AUGAUCUUUGCCGAAUAUCUUGUUUUAUCUUCCUUAGUGCUAGGAGUACAGUUAUUCCUGUACCAGACUCAGCGGAUCCAGUUUGUUGACGUUAGUGACACCGCAAAGAUCCACUGUUCUUCCAAAGAAAACUUGGAAGGAAGUAGGAUGUUUUGGUAUUUGAGAAGAGAAGGCGAGAAACCCACAUGCAUUAAGCGCUGUUUGGAUGAUCUAAAUGUAAGUAAAUUUGCUUGCAAACACGAGACACACAGCUCGACCCUGGAAAUCAGCAAUAUCCAAAAGAAUGACUCUGGCAUUUACUACUGUGCAUAUAUAGACAGCAGCUACCUGCUUUUCGGGAAUGGAUCCACACUGACUGUUGGAGACAGUUAUACCAACAGCAGCUGGGUGAUGCUUCUGGUCCCAUUUCCACAUGGCAGUCAAGUCACUGGGACAGCAAAUCUGGCCUGUGUGAUCCAUGGAGUGUCCAGCCCAGUCCAUGUUUCCUGGAGUGUUUCUGGGGAGCUGCAGGAACAGGGGCUGACGCGCUCAUUGAGAGCAAGGGAUGGAUCUUUAACGCUCAUAAAUCACAUCAGCGUCCCCAUGGACACCUGGACCAGUGGGAAGAAUUUCACCUGUGAAGUCAAAUUCAACUCUUCUGGCAGGAGUGUGAAGAAAAGUACCAGGUAUCCUGCAGCCAAGUGUUGA